AUGGAGUCAUUUGAUGAACUUCAUCCUUCAUUUGCAGUUGACCCUCGUAAUGUUCGACUUGGACUUACUAGUGAUGGAUUUCAGCCUUUUCGAAAUUCAAAAACCUCACAUAGCAUUUGGCCUGUUGUUCUUAUUCCUUAUAAUUUACCACCUUGGUUGUGUAUGAAACAAGAAAAUUUCAUUUUGUCGAUGCUUAUUCCUGGUCCAAAUGGUCCUGGAGAUGCAAUUGAUACAUAUCUCCAGCCUUUAAUAGAGGAAUUGACGGAGUGGUGGGAUGUUGGUAUUGAGACCUAUGAUGCAUCAACUAGAAAGAAUUUUAAGUUGCAUGCUUCUUUGUUAUGGACCAUCAAUGACUUUCCAGCAUAUGGAAACUUAUCUGGAUGGAGUACAAAAGGAAAAAUGGCAUGUCCAUGUUGCAAUAAGGACACAGCUUCAAUUCGAUUGACUAAUUGUAAGAAGCAGUGUUUUAUGGGUCAUCGGUGUUACCUUCCUCUUAGUCAUAAAUGGAGAAAUGAGACAAAGUCAUUUGAUGGUACACAAGAGAAAAGGCCCCCACCAAAAAUGCGUUCUGAUCACAAGAUAUCUGGAUUGAAAAGUCAUGAUUGUCAUGUUCUUCUUCAACAUUUGCUCCCUCUUGCACUUCGUGGAAUGUUGUCUAAAGAAGUGUGUGAACCGCUGAUUGAAUUAUCUAUAUUUUUUAGUGUGCUUGGAUCAAAGGAGUUGAAAAUUGAUAACUUGGAACAUAUUGAAGCACAAAUUCCAAUAACACUUUGCAAGUUAGAAAAGCUCUUCCCUCCUUCAUUUUUUGAUGUCAUGGAGCACUUACCUGUUCAUUUAGCUAGUGAAGCUAAGAUUGCUGGACCGAUUCAUUAUCGGUGGAUGUAUCCUGUGGAACGAUGGUUAUAUUUUUUGAAAUCUCUCAUUGGUAAUAGGGCAUGUCCUGAAGGUUCUAUUGCAGAGGGCUAUAUUGCCAUUGAAUGUAUGACAUUAUGUUCGAGAUAUCUUCAUAGAAUUGACACAAAGUUUAAUAAGCCUGAACGAAAUUAUGAUGGGGGUUUAAAAAAAUGUGAUGGAGGCUUAUCUAUAUUUUGUCAAUCUGGAAAAACUCUGGGAGCUAAAACUCCAUAUGAGCUUAAAGCAGAUGAAUUAGAACAAGCACAUAUUUACAUACUAAAGAAUUGUGAUGAAGUCUUAUCCUAUCUCGAAGAGUUUGCACAAACUCAUGAGAAUGCUCGACACUUGUCUGAUGCAGAAUGGAACAAACAAUUUAUUGAAUGGUUUAAAGAUAGGGUCGCACAAUUGCACAAAGGAGAUGAUAGUCGUAUGAUGGAAGAUCUCCUCUCACUUUCACGCGGUCCUACCAAAUAUUCCACGCAUUCUAAUGGUUAUGUUAUUAAUGGAUAUAGAUUUCAUGCAGAAGAUUAUGAUAGAAAGUUAAGGACUCAGAAUUGUGGUGUUGUUGUAUUGGGUGAGAAUGAUAAAGAUAGUGAGAACCUUGAUUACUAUGGAGUUUUAACAGAUGUGAUUGAGUUGCAAUUUGUCAUGGAUAGAAGAAUGGUUUUAUUUCGAUUGUUCUAUGCUAAUGAUAAUUCCAACAAAGGUUGGCAAGUCGUGAUGAAGACUCAACCUCGUGAUUCCUUUGAGAUUGUGGAACAAAUGGAUGAUGAUAUUGUAGAGUUAGGAAGUCCUUCAAAAAGAAACGAAAAAGAACUAAUGAGGUUCAAGAUGAAACCAAUCAAGACUGAAAGUGAGGAUAGUUCAACUACGAAGAAAUCUAAUCUUCUCUGGAAGACUCGAGGACAAGGACCAAAAAUUUCUACCAUGUCUGCUAGUCUAGGAAUGGAAACGAUGCAUAAGAAUGCCCUGACUCUUGAGAAAGAGAACAUGAAAAGUAGCAUUCCAUCUCCUGCAUGUACUAAUCAAGUUAAGCAAUACACCCAAGAAGUUAAAACAAGUCCAAAAAUGAAAAUUGCAGAAUAA